AUGACUGAUCCAGCAUUCGAAAAUAAUUUUGAUGACCUUUUACAUCAACCAAGUACAAAUACCAUAUCAGACAGUCUGAGUAAUGUCGAUGUAUCAAACCCGUUCUCGGAUGCCAUAUCUCCACAGAGUGGUUUGGUUUCCAUUUCCGAGAGUGAGGAUGAAGGAAACAAUGCAGUGUUCAGCACCAUCCCAAUUGAUAACGGCGACCCUCUUGAACAUGGCUUAGGUUUCACCAACGAUACGUCGGCUGUCUUUAGGUCUCCUAUUGCUUAUAAAACAGGACAUGACAGGGCCGAGUUUGAGGACGUUGAUGUGUCUUCGGUCAAGGGUAUUGCAGCAAUAUCACCGCCUUAUAACAGUUACGUACAUGAUAGUUAUAAUGGGGAUUAUUCAUAUGAUGAACAUAUUGCUCCAUAUCGAGAUCGAAUCAAUCAACAGCUAUUGAACCAAGAAGACGAUGAAAUCGUCCGUCAAAUCUCCGAGUCAAUUGACGAUGAUAAGACAUCAGAUUUACGUAUUCCGGAACCGGGCGAAAUGCCAAGUUUCGAGGUAUUUGUAGAAGAUCCGCGGAAAAUUGGAGAUCCGAUCAACGCACAUACUAUAUAUAAAAUUCGAACCAAGACAAAUUCGAACGCUUUCAAAGGAAAAGAGUUUACCGUUUUGCGGCGUUAUCGUGAUUUCAUUUGGCUUUAUAAUCAAUUGACUCUCGGUAAUCCUGGUGUAAUCGUUCCUCCGAUACCGGAAAAGCAUGCAAUCGGACGUUUUCAAGAAGAGUUUAUUGAACAUCGUAGACAGUCGCUCGAAAAAUGCUUGAACAAGAUCGUUUCUCAUCCGAUGCUGUAUGGAGAUCCGGAUCUAAAAUUGUUUCUAGAGUCGGAUACCUUUAUUCUAGAUCUCAAAAAAAGGCAGCAGGAGGAACCCAGAGGGGUUUUAAGAUCACUUGGCGAAGCCGUUUCUACUGCUGCCGCUUUAAACAAAUUCAUAGAGACAGACGAGUGGUUUGAGAAUCGAAAAAAUCAGUUAACUAUAUUAGAAGGGCAGCUUAAAGUACUGCAAAAAUCGGUUGAUGCCAUGGUUAAGCAGCGUAAAGAACUUGGUAUAUCUACUAUGGAUCUCGGCACCGCAUUGUUAUCUCUGGCCGAGGCUGAAACGAAUAAAACGAUAAUUAACAAUGUGAAGCUGUUGAGUGAGGUACAACAGGAAAUCAAAGAAUUGCAUGAAAAACAGGCUCAGAAAGAUGUUUGUAAUAUGCAAAAUAUUUUGGAUGAAUACGUUCGUACUACAGGUUCUAUUAAGAUUGCAUUUACAUCGCGAGCAAAAGCACAUCAAACAUGGCAAUAUGCGAUAAGCGAGUUGCAGAAAAAAAAAGCAAGUUAUGAAAGAGUAAAGUCGCAAGGAGCGUCACAAGAUCGAGUUUCAUAUCUCUUGGAAGAAGUAGCUGAGGCAGAGCAUAGGGUUGAAGAUUGUAAACAUGAAUUUGAAGAUGUGUCAAAAUUGAUUAAAGCCGAGCUUGAUAGAUUUGAUAAAGAAAAGGUAGAAGAUCUUAAAACUGGGAUCGAGUCACUCUUGGAAUCAACUGUUCAAACACAGAAAAAGAUAAUCGCAUUGUGGGAAUCUUACUUGGCAGCGACUGAGAAGCAGGAAGAUGAUAUUGUUAAAGCGGAAGGAGAAAAUUCUGUUGUUGCUUCAUGA